AAAGAUUCGUAAAUGUUUCGAAGCCUCAUGAAGCAGUGCUUCGAAAACGACCAUUCACUAGCGUGAACGCAAUCUAGAAACGAAAGUGAAAGAAUCAAAAGAGAAGCCCUCCCACGACUUUAAACCUAAACACAAAGUAUUUAAAUUUACGGUGUGUUGUGUGGUAAGUUUAGAAGGAACGUUAAGUGAAGCUAUUUACACUGGAAUUUAAACCGGAUCCGUUCGACGUACAGUUUAAGUAAUUUAAGGGCUUGACUCCGUAAAGAGAGAUCAAAUCCACCCCUCUACAAUGAGUCACUAUGAGGAGAAAGAAGAGGAUGAUGAUGAUGAUGAUCAUAGCCAGAUACCCAAAGAACCCAGCUGUGUGUCUAUAAGGAGGAAUCAGUCCAUAAUAGAUCGUCCCUCUGUAUUCAGUGAUGGGGCGGUGACCUCUCACCCCAGCAUUGGGUUGAAGGGACCCAGAGCAUCAACUCCAGAACCCAGCUGUGUGUCAAUGAAGAGUCGUCAGUCCAUGCUGGAACCCAUAGAAUUAAAAAAAGGAGCACCUCUGAUGACCUCUAAAACACUGAUCUCUGACUCUAGGUUGAAGAGACCUAGAACAGCAUCUCCAGAAGCCAGCUGGAUGUCAGUGAACAGUGAUCACUCAAUGUGGCAAUCACCUGACCUUCGCAGUGAGGAGAUGCAGUCCAGUCUGAAAUACACUGAUUCCUUCUGUCAGACUCAAAUCAGACAUCACAAGACUGAAUCAGACCUACAGACACAAACACUGCUGGAGGAGACUGAAGAUCUUCAUCGGGAUUCUGAUCAACCAGUAGAUGAUGUUCUGCAGAGAGUCAAAGACAAACAGAAAACCAUCAUGAAGAACAAGUAUGAGAGUUUAUUUGAGGGAAUCAAACAACGAGAGAAUCAAACUCUCCUGAAGAGGAUUUACACACAACUGUAUGUCAUAGAGGGAGAGAGUGAAGGAGUGAAUGAAGAACAUGAGGUUUUACACAUGGAGAAAAACACCAGAACACAACACUUUCAAGACACAACAAUCUACUGCAAUGACAUCUUUAAACCCUUACCUGAACCAGAAUAUAAAACAGAGAAAAGAAGAAAAAGAGACAGAAUCAAGAGCGUGCUUACUAAAGGCAUCGCUGGAAUUGGAAAAACCGUCUCUGUGCAGAAGUUAAUUCUGGAUUGGGCCGAAGGAACAGCCAAUCAGGAUGUAGAUUUCAUGUUUGUGUUUCCAUUUCGAGAGCUGAACUUGAUUCAAGAUGAUCAGUACAGUCUUCACAAACUUCUGCUUGACUUUUAUCCUGAACUUCAAGAUCUGGACUCAAAGAUUUAUGAUGAAUGUAAAGUUGUGUUCAUCUUUGAUGGUCUGGAUGAAAACAGAAUGACACUGAUGUUUUCAGACGCUGAGAAAGUUUCUGACGUGUCUGAGACUUCAUCAGUGCCUGUGUUGAUAUCAAACCUCAUUAAAGGAGAUCUGCUUCCCUCUGCUCUCAUCUGGAUCACCUCCAGACCAGCAGCAGCCAAUCAGAUCCCAUCUCAAUACAUCAACCGUCUCACAGAAAUCCAGGGAUUCAAUGACGCUCAAAAGGAGGAAUAUUUCAGAAAGAGAAUCAGUGAUGAACAUCAAGCCAGCAGAAUCAUCUCACACGUCAGAAGAUCAAGAAGUCUCCACAUCAUGUGUCACAUACCAGUCUUCUGUUGGAUCUCAUCCACUGUGCUUCAAAACAUCCUGAAACAAGACAAUGAGAGAGCAGAAAUCCCUAAAACUCUGACUGAAAUGUACAUCCACUUCCUGCUGAUUCAGAUGAAUAUGAAGAAUGAGAAGUAUGAUGAGAGAGAUCCAGAGAAACUCCUGCAGUCCAACAGAGAAGUGAUUGUCAAACUGUCUGAACUGGCUUUCAAACAGCUGAUGAAGGGUAAUGUGAUGUUUUAUGAGGAGGAGCUGAGAGAGUCUGGCAUAGACAUCACUGACGCCUCAGUGCAUUCUGGGAUUUGUACGGAGAUCUUUAAGGAGGAAUCUGUGAUGCAUCAGAAGAAAAUCUACUGCUUCAUACAUCUCAGCUUUCAUGAGUUCAUGGCUGCAUUUUUUGUGUUUUACCAUUACAAUAGCCUAAAAUCAGACAAGUUUUUUGAUAUAAUUUACACUUUACUGAAAAGUGCAGUAGCUAAAGCUCUUGAAAGUGAAACUGGACAUCUGGAUCUUUUUCUGCGAUUCCUGCUGGGCAUCUCACUGGAGUCCAAUCAGAGACUCUUACAGGAUCUACUGACACACACAGUGGACACCUCAGAAACCAUCAAGAAGAUCAUAACACACAUUAAAACCAAAAUCAAAAGCAUAAAAAAUACAAAAGGACUCUCAGCUGAAAGAUCCAUCAAUCUGUAUCUGUGUCUUCUUGAAGUGAAUGAUCAGACUCUGUACAGAGAGAUUGAGGAGUUUGUGAGAUCAGACAAACACUCAGAGAAGAAACUCUCUGCUGCUCACUGUUCAGCAAUAGCCUACAUGCUUCAGAUGUCAGAGGAGUUGCUGGAUGAGCUGAAUCUGAAGAAAUACAACACAACAGAGGAUGGGAGAAGAAGACUCAUACCAGCUAUCAGCAACUGCACACGAGCUAUACUUGCUGAUAGUAAACUUACUCAUCAGUGCUAUGAAGCUGUGGCUUCAGCUCUACAGUCCUCAAACUCACCUGUGAGAGAUCUGGACCUGAGUAACAAUGACUUGCAGGAUUCAGGAGUGAAGCUCAUCUCUGAUGCGCUCAAGAGUCACAACUGUAAAUUACAAAUACUAAGGUUAUCAGGUUGUAUGGUGACAGAUGAAGGUUGUUGUUAUUUGGCUUCAGCUCUGAGUUCAAACCCAUCAUCACACCUGAGAGAGCUGGAUCUGAGCUACAAUCACCCACAACACUCAGGACGGCAGAUGCUUUCUCAGAAACUCGAUGAUCCCAAGUGUACACUGGAGAAACUCAAUGUGGACCAUGGUGGAAAGACCAGGAUUAUUCCAGGACUAAGAAAAUAUGCCUGUGAUCUCACACUGGAUCCAAACACAGCAAACACUCUUCUCAGUCUGUCUGAGGACAACAAAAAGGUCAUGCGUGUAGAAGAGCAACAGCCCUAUCCGGAUCAUCCAGACAGAUUUGAGUCUUUUGAGCAGGUACUGUGUAAAGAGAGUCUGACUGGACGCUGUUACUGGGAGGCUGAAUGGAGCGGACAGGGAGCUGGAAUUUCAGUGGUUUAUAAAGGAAUCUGCAGGAAAGGUCGGAGUGAAGACUGCUGGUUUGGCUACAACGAAAAGUCCUGGAAUCUCUACUGUUCUAGCAGAAGUUACUCCGCUUGUCACAAUCUAAAGCAGACAGAUAUACCUUCAACAUCACAACCAUCUAAUAAAGUAGGAGUUUAUCUGGACUGGCCAGCGGGCACUCUGUCCUUCUACAGCGUCUCUGAUACACAAACACUCACACACUUACACACAUUCAACACAACAUUCACACAACCUCUAUAUGCUGGAUUUGGAGUUAAUUUUAACUCCUCAUUGUCUCUGUGUAAAAAUACUUUAACCUAAUUAUCAUAUUCAUAAAUUAUUUAUUUCCAUAUUAUUCAUUAAAUGCAUUAAAUGUUAUACAUCACAUAUGAAAGUAAACACAUCUAUGUGCUUACACUUUCUACACACUCAACAUGUUGGCAUGCUGGCUCCACAUCGGCAACUAAGAAAAAUGCUGUGAUUUUUUUGCAAUGAUUUUGUGAGCUUUCCAUGUUCUUGAAUUUUUUUUUUUAAAGACAUGUGUCCUGCACCAGACAUCAACGAUUGGGUGCUUUUCAAAAAAUCAGGAAAAUUUAGAAUGAGGUUUGGAAGUUUUUACACAAAUUUAAGACAAAGACUAAAGCCAACUGUGUCUCAUCAAAAGUAAUCGAAAGUGUAUUUUUAAGCUUAACUGUGAUAAAAAAAAAUUUGAUGGCCUUUUAAAAACCCCUGCCCUGUAUGUUAAGGUUAUAAUCUUUUUUUAACAAACUCAAAUGCUCUUGCAGUUUUUAUGACUAAUCUAGACAGAACACACUGCAGGAGAAACUCUGAAUGAAAGAAAACACAUCUUUAUUCUGUUUCUUUUACUGUGAUGUACAUAUUUGUGAGGGCUGAUGAUGAUCAAGGUUCAUUCUAAAGCUGUUUUAAACCGGUUUCACAGGAUUUAUUGUAUGCCACAGAACAAAGCACUGCUGCCAAGGUAUUUUGCAUGAUAAUGUCACCUGAUCUAGCUAACAGAGAAAAGUUUUAAGAAAGUUCCCAACGAUCCCAAAAACGUUAUGUUUAAAACGUUUUAAAAAUGUUUCUUUUGGUCUGAAUGUUAGAAAAAUGUUACAUUCUACAAUUUCCAAACCUUAUGACAAUUUCAUGUUUUAAUGUUCACACAAUGUAUAAAACAACGUUUUUUUUAUAUUCACUUUUUUGCUUGUUAUAUGUAAAUGAUUAAAAACAUUGCAUUUUAUUCUUUUAAAGCUGUUAAAAAAAAUUCUGAAUGUUUGGUAAAAAUAUUGCUGUAGAAGACACAAUUCACUUAUAAGGGUUUAGAUGUUGAUGUUUUGUUUCAUUUGAAGUCACCAUUAUGGCGAUCAGUAUUUGUUUUAUGACUCUUGACCCUUGACUUACAGCUUACUAGUUUUUCCAUGGCUGCUGUAACUUUGUGUGUUAAAAUAUACUGACAGCAAUAGAGAAAUACUGAUUAUAGCUAUGAGCUCCACAUAAACAACAUA